GGAGCAGGGGGCUACGGGUGGGCGGGCGUCCGCCUUCGCCUGCGUCGCUGCCUGCGCGCGGGCCGCCGUCCCCGGGCGUGUGAGAGCCGGCAGCUCGGCCGACUGGGCCCGGAGCGGCGCGGAGGCCGGGCGCUGACGCUCCACCCACACUGGCCUGGACCCAGUCUCUAAGGGCUGAAAAUAUUGCCCGGAGGCUCCCGAGCAGAAUCAGAUCGCGCUAAGUAGGGCACAACGCAGAGGCGACAAAGCUCCUCGGCCCCAGGGCCCGCGGAGCAGACUCCGGAGCACGGUCCCGCCCACGCUCGGCUCCGCAGUUAGCGUCCUCCCUCCUCCUGAGCAGGGGGCCUUCGGCGUCACUGCAGGCUUCCUAGGGGUCCCCUAAGUGCUCUGCAGACCGCGGCUGGAAGUUUCCCACUGCAGUAAACAGUAGAGGAACAGGGAGAACACACAGGGCUUGCUUUAUGCUAGAAACACAAGCAUCUUUCUUCUUUAUUAGAAAGAAACUCAUUCUGUGUUUCUGAGAAAGGAUCGUGCCAGGCACUGUUUCUGGUGUGUGUGGAGGCCAGUAUGAAGCUGAAAAAGCAGGUGACAGUGUGUGGGGCUGCCAUCUUCUGUGUGGCAGUCUUCUCGCUCUACCUCAUGCUGGACCGAGUGCAACACGAUCCCACCCGACACCAGAAUGGUGGGAACUUCCCCCGGAGCCAAAUUUCUGUGCUGCAGAACCGCAUUGAGCAGCUGGAGCAGCUUUUGGAGGAGAACCAUGAGAUUAUCAGCCAUAUCAAGGACUCCGUGCUGGAGCUGACAGCCAACGCAGAGGGCCCGCCCGCCAUGCUGCCCUACUACACGGUCAAUGGCUCCUGGGUGGUGCCACCGGAGCCCCGGCCAAGCUUCUUCUCCAUCUCCCCCCAGGACUGCCAGUUUGCUUUGGGGGGCCGGGGUCAGAAGCCAGAACUGCAGAUGCUCACUGUGUCGGAGGAGCUGCCGUUUGACAACGUGGAUGGUGGUGUGUGGAGGCAAGGCUUCGACAUCUCCUACGACCCGCACGACUGGGAUGCUGAAGACCUGCAGGUGUUUGUGGUGCCCCACUCUCACAAUGACCCAGGCUGGAUCAAGACCUUUGACAAGUACUACACAGAGCAGACCCAACACAUCCUCAAUAGCAUGGUGUCUAAGCUGCAGGAGGACCCCCGGCGGCGCUUCCUCUGGGCAGAGGUCUCCUUCUUCGCCAAGUGGUGGGACAACAUCAAUGUCCAAAAGAGAGCGGCAGUCCGAAGGCUGGUGGGAAACGGGCAGCUGGAGAUUGCGACAGGAGGCUGGGUGAUGCCAGAUGAGGCCAAUUCCCACUACUUUGCAUUGAUUGACCAGCUCAUCGAAGGACACCAGUGGCUGGAGAGAAAUCUUGGUGCAACCCCCCGCUCUGGCUGGGCAGUGGACCCCUUUGGAUACAGCUCCACCAUGCCUUACCUGCUGCGCCGUGCCAACCUCACCAGCAUGCUGAUUCAGAGAGUGCACUAUGCCAUCAAGAAGCACUUUGCUGCCACCCACAGCCUAGAGUUCAUGUGGAGGCAGACAUGGGACUCGGACUCCAGCACAGACAUCUUCUGUCACAUGAUGCCCUUCUACAGCUAUGACGUCCCCCAUACCUGUGGCCCGGAUCCCAAGAUCUGCUGCCAAUUUGAUUUCAAACGCCUGCCUGGUGGGCGCAUCAACUGCCCUUGGAAGGUGCCACCCCGGGCCAUCACAGAGGCCAACGUGGCAGAGAGGGCAGCCCUGCUUCUGGACCAAUACCGGAAGAAGUCCCGGCUGUUCCGAAGCAACGUCCUCCUGGUGCCUCUUGGAGAUGACUUCCGAUAUGACAAGCCCCAGGAGUGGGAUGCCCAGUUCUUCAACUACCAGCGGCUCUUUGACUUCUUCAACAGCAGGCCUAACCUCCAUGUGCAGGCCCAGUUUGGCACUCUUUCUGACUAUUUUGAUGCCCUGUACAAGAGGACAGGGGUGGAGCCAGGGGCCCGGCCUCCAGGGUUUCCUGUGCUGAGCGGGGAUUUCUUCUCCUAUGCGGACCGGGAGGAUCAUUACUGGACAGGCUAUUACACUUCCCGGCCCUUCUACAAGAGCUUAGACCGAGUCCUGGAAGCCCACCUGCGGGGGGCAGAGGUUCUGUACAGCCUGGCUGCAGCUCACGCUCGCCGCUCUGGUCUGGCUGGCCGGUACCCACUGUCUGAUUUCACCCUCCUGACGGAAGCUCGGCGCACACUGGGGCUCUUCCAGCAUCACGAUGCCAUCACUGGCACGGCCAAGGAGGCUGUGGUGGUGGACUAUGGGGUCAGGCUUCUGCGCUCCCUUGUCAACCUGAAGCAGGUCAUCAUUCAUGCAGCCCACUAUCUGGUGCUGGGGGACAAGGAGACCUACCACUUUGACCCUGAGGCGCCCUUCCUCCAAGUGGAUGACACUCGCUUAAGUCACGACGCCCUCCCAGAGCGCACGGUGAUCCAGCUGGAUUCGUCGCCCAGGUUUGUGGUCCUAUUCAACCCACUGGAACAGGAGCGAUUCAGCAUGGUGUCCCUGCUGGUCAACUCUCCCCGCGUGCGUGUCCUUUCGGAGGAGAGUCAGCCCCUGGCCGUGCAGAUCAGCGCACACUGGAGCUCUGCCACCGAGGCGGUCCCUGACGUCUACCAGGUGUCUGUGCCUGUCCGCCUGCCAGCCCUGGGCCUGGGCGUGCUGCAGCUACAGCUGGGCCUGGAUGGGCACCGCACGCUGCCCUCCUCUGUGCGCAUCUACCUGCACGGCCGGCAGCUGUCCAUCAGCAGGCACGAAGCGUUUCCUCUCCGUGUCAUUGACUCUGGCACCAGCGACUUCGCCCUCAGCAACCGCUACAUGCAGGUCUGGUUCUCAGGCCUUACUGGGCUCCUCAAGAGCAUCCGAAGGGUGGAUGAGGAGCACGAGCAGCAGGUGGACAUGCAGGUCCUUGUCUAUGGCACCCGUACGUCCAAAGACAAGAGUGGAGCCUACCUCUUCCUGCCCGAUGGCGAGGCCAAGCUCUACGUCCCCAAGGAGCCCCCCGUGCUGCGUGUCACUGAAGGCCCUUUCUUCUCAGAGGUGGUUGCGUACUACGAGCACAUUCACCAGGCGGUCCGGCUUUACAAUCUGCCAGGGGUGGAGGGGCUGUCUCUGGACAUAUCAUCCCUGGUGGACAUCCGGGACUACGUCAACAAGGAGCUGGCCCUGCGCAUCCAUACAGACAUCGGCAGCCAGGGUAUCUUCUUCACAGACCUCAAUGGCUUUCAGGUGCAGCCCCGACGGUAUCUGAAGAAGCUCCCCCUCCAGGCCAACUUCUACCCCAUGCCAGUCAUGGCCUAUAUCCAGGACGCACAGAAGCGCCUCACGCUGCACACUGCCCAGGCCCUGGGUGUCUCUAGCCUCAAAGAUGGCCAGCUGGAGGUGAUCUUGGACCGGCGGCUGAUGCAGGAUGACAACCGGGGCCUAGGCCAAGGGCUCAAGGACAACAAGAGAACCUGCAACCGUUUCCGCCUCCUGCUAGAGCGGCGAACCGUGGGCAGUGAGCCUGACUUUUUCUCCAAACUGGCAGCCAUGUUUAGGGGCUUGAUCUUUCACAGCAGCAGGAGCGGUAACCGAGAGGUCCAAGAUAGCCACUCUACCAGCUACCCAUCCCUCCUCAGCCACCUGACCUCCAUGUACCUGAACGCCCCGGCGCUCGCUCUGCCUGUAGCCAGGACGCAGCUCCCAGGCCCUGGUCUGCGCUCAUUUCAUCCUCUGGCUUCCUCACUGCCCUGUGACUUCCACCUGCUCAACCUACGUACCCUCCAGGCUGAGGAGGACACCCUGCCCUCGGCGGAGACCGCACUCAUCUUACACCGCAAGGGUUUUGACUGCGGCCUGGAGGCCAAGAACUUGGGCUUCAACUGCACCACAAGCCAAGGCAAGGUAGCCCUGGGCAGCCUUUUCCAUGGCCUGGAUGUGGUAUUCCUUCAGCCAACCUCCUUGACGUUACUGUACCCUCUGGCCUCCCCGUCCAACAGCACUGACGUCUAUUUGGAGCCCAUGGAGAUUGCUACCUUUUGCCUCCGCUUGGGUUAGGGCUUCUUGUGGCCUGAAGAGAAAGUUCAUUCACAGAGACUGCCUCUUAACAUGAAGAUCAUUGGACAAGCCACACGGGUAUCCCAUCCUGAUCUGCCUCCCAGAACUGUGACACAUUGGGCUCCGCCCUCAUUUUCUGUUUAUUGCUGCUGCUGUGUUUUGGGCGCAACCCACAAACCCAGUGAUGGGUAAAUAGGGCAGACGCCAGUGAGAUCAGGGAGAGAAGGCCCUUGGUCAGAGUGGGCAGUGCCAGGCUCUGCUUUGGGUUGUGAGUGGACACCCAACUGGGCACAGGCUCAGGCACCCAUCCUUUUUCCAAACAGGGAUAUAGAAGAAGUGGAAGCAGACAGAAGAGGUAAGGGAGGCUAAGUGGGUAACAGCCCAGCAUCAGGGUCACUGUGGCAACAGCAGGCUCUAGGGGAAUCCUGUGGUUACGUAGAGACUCCAUGUCCUGGUGUGAUGAGCAGGAUCAGAGUGACUCUGGGAGGACAGGGGUGGAGACCCAGAGUUAGCAGUGGGGAUGGAGCAGUAGAAGGAAUCACUAUUUCUCCUAGGAGUCCGAAGGCCUCGCUGCUUUCUGUGAUGGCUUUGCAGUAAGUGCCGCCUGGCCUGCAUGCAUUGGCUAAGAGGCUGCAGAAUGGCAGGAAGGACUCGCUAGAGAUUGUCAUGGCCAGAGAUCAUAGGUCACUUCAGGUAGCAAGACCCCUGGCAAACUGGGCACUUGGCCUAUGUACUGAUUUGUGGGAUGGUGGCACGGGUGUGGGGUCCUUCACCCUGCCUGAAUUCUCUUUGGCUUCUGUGCUCUGUAUGCUGCUGUCCCCAAGAGCUCUUUCUUAUUAUGGCAGGGAGUGGGGAUUGGUCCUACUUUCUUUCUCUGGAAAGGAAAGCCUCCAAGACCCCAUGUGCUUGGGCAGCUUGAGAAGGCGUUCAGCACCACGCCUAGCAGGCAGACCUUGAAGCCUCACCUUUAGUCUAUCCUGCAGAGGUAUUCAGUUCCUGGCACAGGGGACUAGGGGCAUGUAGAGUAUAUGAGGAGGCAGUAUGGCUGUGCAGGAGCCUUCAUUUCAGCUUCAAUUAAUAGGGAAGAAUUUAUGAUAGCUCUAUAGAUGCUGAAAAGGUAUUUCGUAAGAUUUAAAAUCCAUCCCUUAUUAAAACUCUUAGUAAAUUAAGUCUGGAAAGAAACACCCUAAUCUAGAUAAAGGUCUGUUUCAGAAACCAACAGUGAUGGCAUUCUAAAGAGUCAGACGCCACAGGCAUUCCCAUUAAAGUCAGAAACUAGCCAAGGGCAAGCUAUUAUUCAGCAGUGUCCCGGCACUACUAACCCCUCCAACAAGCCAGAUGAGGAAAAUAAGGAAGAAUUAUAAUUGUCAUUAUUUGUAGACAAUAAAACUGCCUACCUGUAAAACCUAAGAAUCAA